AGGAGACGACCGCCGGGUUCAGCUUCACGAGUCUGACCGUGGGCGUUCUCGGCAGCGGGAUGGUGUACGACGACGCAAGGAUAGACAAGCUGGGCUUCGACGAGCUGCGACGGAACGUGAUUGGCUACAAGCGGUUGUGGUGGCAGCUGCGGAUACUCAAAGAGGAGCGACUGCUGGCCGAGCCGCAGGCGGUGGAAAGCACAAAGGGCACUGAAGAGGCCAUGCCGUUCUACUACAGCGUCCUCGACAAGGAGUUCGAGGGCGAUGCCGCUGGCCUCUUCGAGCUCUUCAGCGAGGCCGACGUGAACAACAACAUGCUCCUGGAGGCCGAAGAGGUCGAGAGCCUGCUGUGCCUGCUCGACAAGGAUGCGACCGAGGAUGAUGUCGCCCGCUACAUGAACGAGAUAAACCUGAGCGACGGGCCACUCUCGUUCACGUCCUUUGUCGACUGGUGGGACCAGGCCUGCAGCGUGCAGAACAGCUUGGUAGCCGAGAAAGGC